AGGCGAGUGCAGGGUAGACUGUACUAGAAUAUCAGGGUUUUGAGACUCACCUCUCUGUCAUCCCAUUAAAGAAGGCCACCCACGAGCAGCUGCAGUUGGUUGAAGGCUGCUUUCUUCUCUGCAACGUUCUUUUCCUCCUCUUCCGUUCCUGUAUAUCAACAACACAAACAACCAUCGGUGAAGAUAAAGGAGGGAGAGGAGAAAGAUGGGGAAUUGCCAGGCAGCGGAGGUGGCCACGGUGGUGAUCCAGCACCCCGGCGGGCGGGUGGAGCGGCUCUACUGGCCGACGAGCGCGGCGGAUGUCAUGAAGAGCAACCCGGGCUACCACGUCGCCCUCGUCACCCUCUACGUCUCGGAGACGAAGACGGACGGCGGCGGCGGUGCCGGCACCGUGCGGUUCACCCGCGUGCGGCUGCUCAAGCCCAGGGACAUGCUCCUGCUCGGCCAAGUUUACCGGCUCAUCACCUCCCAAGAAGUUGCAAAGGCUCUGAGGCAAAGGAAGUAUGAGAAGCUCAAGAAAAACCAGGCUGAAUCGAUCAGAAAACAGCAACAGCAGCAGCAGCAUGGAACAAACGAUCAGUGUACAGAUCCUGCUCGAGAGGAAACAGAGGAGGAUUCAGAUGCCACACAUCAGAACAGGGAGAACAGACAGGAGAUGCAGAGUCUUGGCUUAUGAAACAUGAUGGAGUUGAACGACCUUUGUUCUGAGUUACUGUGAUGCCUUGAACCCACUCGAAUUGUACGAUGGCAGUCACUUGGAUAUCUGGUGACCCAAUAAACGAUAAGAACGUACCGUGGUCAACGAGGUUGCUGGGCAGUCCACAUCUUCCAGCCCUGCUCGACAUGGAGAAGCCCCUGCGGCAGCUGCUACAGGAUCUCCAGGAAGUUUCCUCUCCCUUGGUGCAAAGUAGUACGUCAGCUGAAAGCUUCCACUAAGUGGUGUCUUGGGGCGAAGUUGCCCAAGCACCAAAGGAUGCUGGAUCAUUUGGCUGGUUUGCGAUCUGUAUGAUCAAUCUUACCACAAAGUGAUGAUCAUAUCGAAGAAGAAGUGCAUGACGAGCAGCAUAAUCUGAAGGACAUACAUACACCUUUUUUGGACAAUAUAGCUUCGUAUAAUAUUCUCCUGAUAGAUCCACUGGAACACUCCUCGAUUGGUUUUACCGGUGUAAGGCUACUGAAAUCAAUGUAAAGCAAGUUUCUACAUCA